CAACAGUAGAGCAGCUGCAUUCCCUUUUCUGCUGGUGUCUCUCUCUUUUGGCUUUUUUAUUCUGUUGUGUCUCCACCAUGUUGGGAUGGCUACUUCUACAGACUUUGCUGGUCCUUUGGCUGGCGCAUAGUGCGCACCUGAAGAACAAUGGAAAUGGUGGGGGUGUUGGAAGAAUGUUGAUGCCAUCCAAUGGAUAUGGAUACAAGGGAAAUGGUUACAGUGCUGGAGCCGGAGUGCCCAAUGGAAACGGUGCCAAACCCAAUGGUUAUGGUGCUCCUGCAGCUAUGUCCAAUGGAAAUGGUGCUAAACUCAAUGGUAAUUAUGGUGCUCCUGCAGCUGUGCCUAAUGGAAAUGGUGCUAAACCCAAUGGAUAUGGUGCUCCAGCUGCUGUACCCUAUGGUCAAAGGUCAAAAGGCUAUAGAGCUCCAGCUGCUGUACCCAAUGGAAAUGGUCAAAAAUCAAAAGGUUAUGGUGCUCCUGCAGCUGUGCCUAAUGGAAAUGGUGCUAAGGCCAAUGGUUAUGGUGCCGGUGUGCCUAAUGGCAAUGGACAAGGAGCUAAACACAAUGGUUACGGUGCUGCUCCAGCUGCUGUGCCCAACGGACAAGGAGCUAAGCACACUGGUCAAGGAGCUGGAGCUGGUGCACCCAAUGGACAUGGUGUUCCGAAUCCAAAUGCUGGCAUGAAAGGACCCAUGAAAGGAUACGGCCGACCACCUUUUGGUGCAGGUGCUUCUCUUGGAGUGGGGACUCGAAAGGGUCUGGGGGUACCUCAACUAGCUACAAACAGGAGGGGAGUGUAUGGCAGCAAUGGGUAUGGCGGUAAUGGAUAUGGCUCACAGCCAAUGAAUGGCUACAGGCCAAAUGGUGCCUAUGCCAGGGCUGGUCUUGGCCUGGGUGGUGGCCUCUCGGCUGGAUUCUCUAAUGGAGGAGGCCAAAAAAGACCCACGCAGGGUUACGGCGGUCCCAAUGGACAAGGUGUUAAACCCAAUGGUUACGGUGCUCCUGCAACUGUGCCAAAUGGAAAUGGUGCUAAAAAAAACAAAGGCUAUGGUGCUGGAGCUGAUGUGCCAAAUGGACAAGGUGCCAAACCCAAUGGUUAUAGUGCUGGAGCUGGUGUACCCAAUGGACAAGGAGCUAAACCCAAUGGUUAUGGUGGUGUACCCAAUGAAUAUGGUCCCAGACCCAGUGGGUAUGGAUAUCCCAAUGGUGGGGCAAAGGCACCCAAACCAGGUUAUGGUGCUGGAGCUGGUGUGUCCAAUGGACAAGGAGCUAAUGGUUAUGGAAAUGGAUCACCUCAACCUCAAAAUACUAAAGGUGUUGGAGCAGGUGCACCCAUUGGAGGAACUGAAGCGUCAAAUGGAGGAGCUAAAGCACCAAAUGGUGGGUAUGUGGUUCCUGCUGGUGUACCCAAUGGACAUUUGGCUAAAGUAGUCAAUACUGGUUACGGCAUGCCAAAUGGAUACAGCAUGUCAAAUGGUCAGGGUACUAAAGGUGUUGGUGCACCGAAUGGAAAGGGCCCCAAAGGUGAAGUUCUUACUCCUGAAGCACUAAGCCUUGCACCAGCACCUGAGCCAGGACUUGUAGUACCUGAGCCAAUAAAGAGUGUAGCUCUAAUCUUUCCACAAGGGAAGACAUACCCUAAGCCAGCACCAGUUCCACAAGGGAAGCUUUUCACUAAGCCAGUGCCUAUAGUACCACAGGCAAAGAGUCCAAAGACAGCGCCAGAGCCAGCACCGGUUCCACAAGGAAAGACAUACUCUAAGCCCGCACUAGAGCCAGCAAUGGUUCCACAAGGGAAGACAUACGCUAAGCCAGCAACAAAGUUAGCACCUGUCAUUCCACAAGGAAAGCCAUGCCCUAACAAAGCACCAGAGGCAGCACCAGUUCCACAAGGGAAGACAUACCCGAAGCCAGCCCCAAAGCCAGCACCUGUAGUACCACAGGCAAAGAGUCCGAAGCCAGCGCCAGUUCCACAAGGGAUGCCAUACCCUGAGCCAGCACCUGUCGUUUCACAAGGGAAGCCGUACCCUGAGCCAGCACCUGUCGUUUCACAAGGGAAGCCGUACCCUGAGCCAGCACCUGUCGUUUCACAAGGGAAGCCGUACCCUGAGCCAGCACCUGUCGUUUCACAAGGGAAGCCGUACCCUGAGCCAGCACCUGUCGUUUCACAAUGGAAGCCGUACCCUGAGCCAGCACCUGUCGUUUCACAAUGGAAGCCGUACCCUGAGCCAGCACCUGUCGUUUCACAAUGGAAGCCGUACCCUGAGCCAGCACCUGUCGUUUCACAAUGGAAGCCGUACCCUGAGCCAGCACCUGUGGUUCCACAAGGAAAGACGUACCCUAAACUAGCACCAGAGCCAGCCUCACAGGCAAAAAGUCCAAAGCCAGUGGCACCAGCCGUGCCUCAAGGAAAGAGUCCCAAAGUACCAGACAUCGGUUACGGAGGAGGAACUGGUGUAAACGGAGGUGGUGCCCCCAAUGGCUAUGGUGCAAAACCCAAUGGUUACGGUGUCGGAGCCGGUGCACCGAACGGACGUGGAGCCAACCCCAAUGGUUAUGGUGCAGGAGCUGGUGUACCACAUGGAGGUGGUGUCCCCAAUGGCUAUGGUGCUAAACCAAAUGGUGAUGGUGCUGUUGCAGGAGGCUAUAAUCCUGUUGCUGCUGGCUAUGGAUAUGGACCUGGAGCAGGUGAAAAUCCUUUCGCAGGGAAACCCAAACAUAGUGGUUAUGGUCAAGGUGUCUACCAUGGAGCUGGUUAUGGAUAUGGCGCAGCUGCAAAUGGAAAUGGCUACGGUGCACCUGCAAUUGGUGUGCCUGCUGGUAUGGAGGGAAAAUCAGGUGGGGUUGGUGCAGGACUUGGAGAGCCUGCAAAUGGCGGCAAAUAUGGUGGUUCCGGACCUUAUGGCGGAGCUCCAAUCAUUCCUGCUGGACUGGAUGGAACAAGUCAGUUUGAACCUCAACCCGCUGGCCUACGUCCUGAUGGGAAAUCAGGUGGAAUAUAUGGUGGAUUGGGUGGGCCAUAUGGUGGUCAGACCCUCGGAAUGGGCCCAGAGGCAACAUCUCAGACCAAAUAUGGCAUUGGGGGGUUGCCAUUUGGUGGUCAACCCUUCGGGUUGGGGACUGAUGGUGAAGGCAAGUAUGGAAAUGGUGGGAUCGCCAACGCACCUGGACCUGAUGUUGGCAAGUCAGUUGGUAAAUACGGAAAUGGUGGUCUACCCUAUGGAUCUCAGACUCUUGGAUUGGGUGCCGAAUCCAAAUCCUCUGGAAAAUACGGCGGGCUAGGCACUGGAAUGGGAGGGGAUCCUGCACCUGGAAAAUAUGGAUACGGUGCACCCUAUGAUGGGAAACGUCUUGGCCUAGGGGGUGAUCCUGGGAAAUCAGCUGGCAAGUAUGGCUAUGGAGAGAUGCCAUACGAGCCUCAGCCUCUUGGACUUGGCCCCGAUUCUGGUAAAUCGAAUGGAAAAUAUGGACAGGGUGGGUUGCCAUACGAGCCUCACCCUCUUGGGCUUGGUCCAGAUGCUGGAAAAUCUGCAGGCAAAUAUGGGGGCGGUGCACCAGAAUCCUAUGCACCAGAACCUCUUGGCCUUGGUGGUGAAGGACAGAAAUCUGCUGGGAAAUAUGGUAACCUUGGACCAUACGAGCCACAGACCCUUGGAUCAGUCACUGAUGGCAAAUCCACCGGACAAUACGAAAAUCCUAUGCCUUAUGAGCCUUUGCCCCUCGAAUCAGAGACUGUCGGAAAGUCAUACGGUAAUGAGAGAUUAGGAGAAAUAGCACCAGCACAACCUACUAGACUUGAAGAAGAGGGAAAAUCUACUGACAAAUAUGGCAAUGGGGGAUAUAUAAAUGGACAAGUUCAGCCAGAAGUUGUCUCCUUCCCCCCAGCUCCCACGCCUUGGCCCUCCAUCUCCUAUCCCCCCAUCCCCUCAUUUGUGCCCGUAGUGUCCUUCUUCCCCCCCGAGGCCCCUGCCGCAGCUGUUUCAGAGGCCCCACCCAAGCCUGUGGGCACUGCCAGACUCUCCCUUGCAUCUGCGCCCAGCACCCAAAUGAAAGCCCCACCACACGGGCCUGACACUGCGUUGCUUCAGCCACCGCACCAGAUACACAUUCAGCAGCACCUCAAGCUGCACAUUCACCCGCAGGGCAAAUCAUGGCGAGGAGGUGCAAAGGAGAAGAAAUAUGAAUUAACAGGAUUCUUUGGGAAUAGUGGAUACUAAGGUAAAACAUUAAAGGUUGACCAGGGUGACGGUGGCCAUUUACAGCAUUUAACUUCACUAGAUUUUUUUACAUUGCUGCUGUUGUUUAUAUUUGUUUUAAUUCCCUUUUUAAUUGAUCUCUAGUUUUUGUAUAAUUAUUCAUAUCUCCCUGUCCAUGCCAAACCGGUCCUGCCUGACAUUUUUUUAAUAGUUUUCAUGCCAUGUCAGUAAUAUCACUAGAACUAAGAAAACACACAUUUAAGUCUUGCUAGGGCAUACCUUCUUUGUAGUUUAUAUUUUCUACAAAUGUAUCUUGAUUAUGUGUCUGUCUUAUUUCAUUUCGUAACCACCUGUCUUACUCCACUUACUGGAUAAGGUGAAUCAUGUUUUGAGAGUUUGUGUGCUACAAAUAUUUAAUGUGUUGAUUGAAUCAGUCCAGUUUUUGUCUGCAUAGUUUUAUAAACUCAAACAAAUGUAUUUUGUAUGGGAAAGUUAAAAAAAAAAAAAAAAAGAUUUUACUACCUGUGGCAAACACCUGUACAUUUUUGGACAGUUUUGAUGGAAUAAAAACAGGCUGGAAAUAC